UUAAUAUCUGUGUUGCUUUGGAGCGGAUUCUGGUCCGGGAGGAGAUUGUGAUCCAGUCCCGGUGCCGGAGCAGAUCGGGAUCUAGACCCGGAGCAGAUUGUGAUCCAGUCCCGGAGCAGAUCGGGAUCUGGAAGUGGAGGUGACCGAGUUCUGUCGUUUCGGGGUACGUCGGGAUCCAGUCCCGGAGCUGAUCGGAAUCCAGUCCCGGAGCGGGACCCAGGAUGUUGCCACUGCUGGACCAGGUGGGCCUGGGCCGAGGCUCGAUCCGGGCCUACCUGUGGUGCUUCGUCAUUGCCCUGGCCUUGACUGCCGUUGUCAAGGGCGCACUCCAUGCCUUUGAACUGCUGAGGCGUUUCCGGGACAACACCAGGAGGUUGAGGUGUUUUGAAAGCCCCCCAAGAAGGAGCUGGCUGAUGGGGCACCUGGGAAUGAUCCGCAGUACAGAGGAGGGCCUUAACCUGGUUAAUGACAUCGUCAAACGCUAUGUAUACUGCUCCCUUACCUGGUUCGGACCCAUCUACCCAAUUGUGAGGCUUUUCCAUCCAGCAUACGUCAAGUGUGUCCUUUUGGCAUCAGCUCCCAUUGCCCCGAAGGAUAAACUUUUCUAUGGUUUCCUCAGGCCUUGGUUGGGUGAUGGCCUGCUGAUCAGUAAAGGGGAGCGAUGGACUCGUCACAGACGCCUCCUAACACCCGCCUUUCACUUCGACAUCUUAAAACCCUACGUCAAAAUCUUCAACCAGGCAACCAGCAUCCUGCAUGAGAAAUGGGACCGGUUGAUAUCGGAGGGAGUGACCUCACUGGAGAUGUUUGAGCACAUCAGCCUGAUGACAUUGGACAGCCUCCUGAAAUGUACCUUCAGCUACGACAGUAACUGUCAAUUAAAAUCCAGUGACUACAUCGCCGCUAUCUACGAGCUGAGCACGCUGGUGGUGAAAAGGGAACGUUAUUUACCACACCACAUCGACUUCAUUUACAAGCUGUCGGCCAAUGGCAAGCGGUUUGCCAGGGCGUGUCAUCUGGUGCACUCCUAUUCUCUGGAUGUCGUGCAGCGACGUCGGGAGAUCCUGAAGGAGCAGGGGGUAGACACCUGGCUCCAGUCCAACCAAGGCAAAGUGACCGACUUCCUGGACAUCCUGCUGCUGUCAAAGGAUGAGGAUGGCAAAGGCCUAACGGAUGAAGAGAUCCAGUCAGAGGCUGACACUUUCAUGUUUGAGGGACAUGACACGACAGCCAGCGGGAUAUCGUGGGUGUUAUAUAACCUUGCCAGGCACCCGGAAUAUCAGAGCAAGUGUCGAGAGGAGAUCGAGGAACUGCUGAAGACAAAAGAUGGUGAAGAGCUGGAGUGGGACGAUCUCUCCCAGAUGCCCUUCACCACCAUGUGUAUUAAGGAGAGCCUGCGGCUACACCCAGCGGUUACCACUGUGGCCCGGUGCUGCACCGAGGAUAUCCACCUUCCUGACGGCAGGGUGAUACCGAAAGGGAAUACCUGUCUGAUCAGCAUCUAUGGAACUCACCACAACCCUGCAGUCUGGCCUGAUCCUGAGGUUUAUAACCCGUAUCGCUUCGAAUCCACAGAGGCAGACAAGAGAGCGUCACACGCCUACAUCCCCUUCUCAGCAGGCCCGAGGAAUUGCAUUGGGCAGAACUUUGCCCUGUCAGAGAUGAAGGUGGCCGUGGCUCUGACUCUGUACCGCUACAGGUUAUCACUGGACACAUCGCAGGAGGUGCGCAGGAAACCUCAGCUGAUUCUCAGAACCGAGAAAGGGAUCUGGCUGGUACUGGAGCGGCUGCCUGGAACACAGCCGAGCGCUGAAUGAGGGGGGGCGAAGGUCGAAAACUAGAGAGGAAAUUUCAACUUAACUUUCACUUUCUGUGGCCUACAGCUUUUUUUGUAUUUAUUGUCAUAUGAAAAAUUCCCAGCCUAUAUAAUCAACCUCCAUUUGCGCAAGUUAAUGUUUUACAUAAUAUGGUCAUCUCUGUUGAACCUGAUAAGGAGAACAGUCAUAUUCUUUUGAGGCCUAAAUUAUUUUUUUUUGUUUCCUUGAAAAAUGUAAACAGCUAUUUCUUGUGGUAAAGUGUUUAACUCUUCCCAUAGCUGCUGAAAGGAAAUGUGCAGGCCGAUUGAGUUAUCUGUGACAUUUAGAGAAUUAGUCCUGACCCCCACUGCUCAAAGCAGGAAGCAGCUGCCCCUUCAUUUUACCCCCCAGCCUCUACCUAACCAAAUCCAGCUACAGUCACACAUGGCUAGAAACAGCUAGCAAACAGAAGUUGUGUGAAGAGGGGGCUGCACAAUAAGGGAGCUCUCUGUCACUAACUAAAGCGGUGGUAAGACUCACCUUUAUCUGAAACACCAAGGUGCAUCUUAAAUACUGGAUCAUCUGGUCAAUUUACAUAACUUCAAUAACAUGGUGAAUUUCCCAUUCAUCCACCAACCUGAGGAUCAGGUGGCCAAUAAUAACGUUAGUGCCCUCUCCUCCAUUUAUUGGUUGUUUUGGAUAGAAAUUAAGAUAAAAUGAAACAGUUAAGAGAUGCUAUGAUUAAAUGGCCUUGCACAUACAUGUUUCAUGUGCCCUAUGCUACACAGUCAGGCUUUGAAUUAUCUUGUUCCUCUCCUUACAAUAUUGUGACGUCCUGCAAUUUCUAACUUGCAGGUCCUCAAGGCUAUGGCAUGAGCAUUUAAUCUAGGAAUCUGUGCAGCCUCAGGCGGGCACGGGAUCUUGCUCUGGGAACAAAUAAACAAUCUGCCCUCCCAACAGGUCUGUGAUUUUGAAUAGUGUUUUCCAGGCUGCCUUCUGCCACAUUAUUGCAUCAAUCUAAUCCAAUGUUCUUGUUUAAAUCAUAAACACUGACAGUAUAACAUAGGCAGGUACCAAUCCUUUAACACAAUUUUAUUCUAUAUCCCCCUGGGGUUGUAGGCUGUCUAUCUUUUACAGAGACUUGGAAUAAUUUACAGCAGAAAGCUCAGUAUUGGGAGAAGUACGAUCAAAGAUCUCACAGAGUCAUGGAUGACCCUGACUUGUGACCAAGCAAAAUGGAGGAGGUUCAUUCAUGAAAGCAUCAAAACAGAUUUUGAGAACAGGCAGAUGCUAAGUGUUUUAAAGUCAAGGCUUUGGAGGGACGCACAGAAGCCUCCAAACAGUCUAUCUACCAAAACCUUCACCAGCCCCUGGACAACAAUGCUCUCAAUGCCCAUUUCCAGAGUUCUUCAAACUGGAUUCGUGGUAAAGCAUUUUCAAUCUUAAGGGAUGAUUUUUUAAAGACAGCUACUGAGUGCUAGAGCUUAGUGCCUGGGGUUAAGUCCUCCUUCUCACCACCCUGUUAUAUGUUUAUACAUUCAUAGUUCUCUUUGGGAAAGUGGGAAGAUUCACAUGCUGGUCAGUCCCAGGAUGUCACAGUCAGUUUCUUUCAUCUCUUUCUCCAAAACACAGAGGGUGUGCUUAGCAUCAUCCCCAAACAGAGAGCAGGAGCUCUGUUCAGCAUCUGCUGGGACUGUCUGCAGCAGGAUUCAAGUCGUGCACCUUCUGCCUCACAGGCUGAAACACUAUCACGGCACCAAAAGGCUUGUGUACAGCCCUGUGGGAUAAGGUAGCCGUGACUGUCUCCUGCAGCAAUGGAUUGUGGUAUUGGUAAUAAACCACACAAAAGAAAAGCUUUCUGUAUUUCAACCAGACUGCUUGAACGAGUAGCUGAAAAGUCUUGGAGGUCGGAAUUGAUGAGUCGGCGGGGGGUGGGGGGGGGCUCCCAUCCGGCUUCACAUGCGACCUACUACCGACUGAACAACACCAACUGCAGUUGCGGAGAGAUUUCCACACUUUUGUUGAUAAGACCAUGAAAUGACCAAAACAAUUUGGAUUAAAGGAAGUUUGAGAGAAUUGGUACAUACACACAGAGGACAUGACAGUUUUUGCAGUAAACAGUUUGAUAGUAUUUAAUACCAUUAUUUCCUUUAUAUAUUCAACCAUCAGAAAUUGUGACAUCCUCUGCUAGUCAAUGAUUUAUUAUAUUGCUGAUUAACUUUGGAAAUAAAUCUCACAUUAAUCAUUGCAAAUGAUUAAAACUACAAAAAUGCACAGAAUUAUUUAACAUCCAUUACUGACCAGUGCAAAUAGCAGGGUAAAAAAAGUUCAGAUGAAAAUUGCAUUGUUAGAUUACUAGUGUUGGAGGUGCAAGAAUCUCAAGGAUCUGCUGGCUUCCUCACAAUGUCCGUGCAACAUUGCUGAGAAUGUCUCUGCUUUCGGGUACAGUUGUGUCUAUCCAGUCAAUCUAGCAGCAUCUCACUGGCGGCAGUGAGCCACCUGCACUAACUACAGAGCAAGGGGAGGGGUAGUAACCACAGGUGGCACAAUGCCAUUACUUCCCACACCAUCAGGAUGGUCAUAGUUUGCCCUUUCCAGAGGCAAGCGCGUUGUUAGUUCUGCCCGGUCUUCCUGUGCUAUGCACACUGUAAUGGGUCAGAUAUCUGACCCAAACUGAAAACUCCUCAUCUCGAAACGAAAUGUUCUCCUGAAUUGAAAACCCAAUUUUUGGAGCUUUUUCAUAUGUAGCCAUCUUCAACAGCCUCCAUUCAGACAGGCAUUGACACUUGGCUCAGUAUGUGAGCGAUAACAGGAUCUUAUUAUUCCUUUUAAAAGGAGGCUUCUCAUGGCGCACUCAUCAGGAUGUAAUCGCAAGAAUACCAAAUUUCAAAUGGAACAAUAAUUUACACUAAUACAGUAUGAACAGCAAAACUUGUUGUCUUUGAAAUCUGGUGUUCUAACAACUCCAUCUUGAUGAGCAGGCCAUGAAAAGUUUUGACAGCACGUCUCCCUUUACUGCAUUACUGUGAUCCCAUUGGUGAAGUUUCUCUACAUAUUACUGAAAUGUUGGUACAUCCACAUGUUUCGGUUUACUAGGAUAGAACAGACCGGAUUUAUAGCCUUCACUUCAAAAAGGUGAUGAAUACACAUUACGAACAUUAUCCCUAUCACUGAAGCUGGAGCCAAUUUUCCAUAGCAGCUCAACAUUCAUUACAAAACCUUACUCUUUGGAAAUUUAGAGUUUUCCCUGUUGACACUGAAAUGUACCAGACGGAGUCACUCCAGACAUAUCCAGACUGGCUUGGAAAGGGCUCUACGGGAAGUAGCUUCUGUUCUGCAGUGCCUGGAGUGGUCUGGCUGAACAGUGCUUCAACCAGCUACUUCCAAGGUGCACUAUCAAAACUUUUGACAGGUAGGGAUCAACAAAUGAGACUCUGGCAGGAGGGUUAAGGUGUUUCGUUACAAUGCAGCUUUUUAUCUUUCAAUAUUUACACUGGUCCAGAGGUUUAAACAGGAGGAGGAUAGCUAGGCGACUAGGAAUGUCAAUGUGCUUCUACUUGUUAAAUGGGCAAACUCGGUGAGUUUGGCCCAAUUGGUGAAUAUUCAGUCUAAUCAGCUGUGGAGAUGAGGAAUGCUAAGUGAAUCCUCGCACAGCAGUAACUAGUUUGUGAUCACGUUAAUCUGGCAGCAGAUUCUGCAUGGCCAAAUAAAAUGCAUUAGAUCACAAUCAUAACGCUAUCUGCAAAUCAUAAUCUCAUCAGCUUCUCAGGCUAAACAAAGCAGCAUCUCGAAGAUUUCGAGGGAAUAAAGUGACCAAUUAAAAGUCACAGAUUAAUGGCAGUGCAGGUGAUUAAAUAGUUGAACAGCAAUAACUGAUUAUUCAAAAAUUAAACAUUUCAAUAACAUUAUCAGUGCCAAACAAAAAGCGAAUCUUAGUAUAGAACCACAUUACAACCAUCAAUAGCCCAACAAAGCCUUCCUGUCCUGUGGAGGUACAAUUCUAUCCCUGAAACAGUUCAGGGUCAUCUGUACCCAAGAGAUGGCAAGAAGCUCCCAGUAAUUUUCACAUUUAAAUUGUUAUAAGCAGGAGUGCACUAUGUGGGCUUUUCCCUAAGUGUUACAUUUGUUUGAAUAAUUUAUUUACUGAAAUAAACCCACAGAACACUGGAGAAACUCAGCAGGUGUGGCAGCAUCUGUGGAGAGUAGAACAGAGUUAACAUCUCAAAUCCAUCAUGACUCUUCUUCAUAGCUGACCUACUGGACUCAAAACCUUAACUGUGUCUCUCUCCACUGACGCUGCACAACCUGCUGAAUUUCUCCAGCACUCUGUUUCUUCCAAGAUUUCCAGCAUCCACAGCAUUUUGUUUUUCUUUGACUUGGUGCUUGUUCCAAAGAUUUUCGUCUGGUCUCUCUAUGUGUUAUGCUGUACCCCGCUCCUUGUCCACAGGUUCACACUGACAGAAUGAUGGGCUGGUGUUUAUUCAAGCCAUGGGUUUGCAGAGCAGGAACAGACCGGAAAUAAACGGGGCGAGAGAUUUCCACAGAGCAGGACAUUUUCACUUUUCAUUCUCAGAGUCUGGAAUUACUGAUCGGUUUUAGUAGAAUGAGGUGGACAGUGAUUUGGACCCUUUGAAACUUGGGC